AUGGAGAGAAUCAUCCACCAUUUUUCGCGACGGCGCCGCAGCAGUAGUACCUCCAGCGCACCGGCUUUGUCUCCCCUGUCCCCAAGCCUCUCCAACACCUCCAGACGCAACAAGAAGCGCGACUCUUCCCCGCGUCGUCUGUAUGUGAUCUCUGACAAUCAUGAUUUUGACUCGAGCAUCAUCGCUCGGUUCCAAGGAGAAGGCUUCGAGGUGGAGUAUCUGCCUUUCUUGGGAGGGAGUGCCGAUGUCGACAGGGACCGCAAGGAUUUGGUGAAUCAGCUGCACGAGAGGGAGGAUGACCUGGAGCCUGGAGAGAGAUACGCGGUGGUCGCAUACGGGCGUCCGGCCUUUCUUCUCCUCGCAUCCCAUCACCAGUCCACGACUGCUACCAAUCCGCUUCCCAGAAUGUGUGCUCUCGUCACCUACUAUCCCAGUGAACCAUGCGAAUUACAUGGGGGGAAACACAUCGACGAUGGCCUGUCCGGCCAGUCACCCCCCUGCCAGCUCCCAGCAUCCACCACAUCCACAUCCACAUCCUCCUGCUACGCAUCCCUCUCCCUCCUCCCCAUUCAAAUCCACCUCGCCGGCCGGCAGUGCCCCUCCUUUCUAGACGAGUACGCCAACCACUCGAGCAAGAAGCGCCACCGCUGCCAUCUCUUCUUCUACCCGGAGUCGCAACCCGGCUUCGCCGAGCACCACAGCCCAACCUACGACCGGAUCAGCUCCCGCCUGGCCUGGAGCCGCGCCUUGGAAUCCCUCAAGCGCGGCUUCGGUUGGCCCGGCGGCAGCUGGAAGAUCCCCGACGUCGAGACCAUCUGGGAGGAGUACUGGCGGAAUCUGCAAUAUGACUCCCAGCAGCCACACGAGGCGGAGCGCCAUGCCGUCGCUGCGGCGAGGAUGAUGCUCGGGAGCGGCGAGGGGUAUGGGCACGAGGACAUGAUCGACGAGACGCCACUGGUGAAUUGUGUUCCGACCAUGGCUGGAGGAACCGAGGAAUCCUCCAUCACAAAAUUCUACACCACAUCCUUCUAUCCCGCGGGACCGCCCUCGCAGCGUAUCCGUCUGCUCUCGCGCACCCUCGGCCCGGACCGCAUCGUCGACGAGAUCCUGCUCGACUUCCGCCACACAGAGGAGAUCCCCUGGCUGCUGCCCGGGGUACCCCCCACAGACCGCGAGGUCAAGGUGGUGCUGGUGAUGACGGCCAGUUUCCGCGCGGGGAAGCUCGCCCGCGAGAAUAUCUAUUGGGACCAGGCGAGCGUGCUGGUGCAGGUGGGGCUGUUGGAUCCGGCGCUUGUGCCGGGUGGUUUCCGGGCGACGGGGAGGACGAGGGAUGGGAGGGAAACGGUGGAGAGACUACCGGUUGUUGGAGCGGAGGGGGUAGACAGGGUUCUGAAUGGGUAG